AGACAGCUCCCACCCUUCCCUUGUCAUCCCCACAAUGCAUUCAGGAUAAAGGUGCGGAGGAAGAAGCCCCCAUCACCCCAGGGUCUACGGGCUCUCCUGGCUUUUUCUUCCCGGAUCAGCCUCAAACCUUCAGCUACCCCUUCCGUCUCUGCCUACUCAGAAAGUUUAACAGAGAAGGGAGUAAGGGGAGAGUGGGUUGUUGCUGGCGCUUAUUGCGCGCAUGCGCAGCUUCCGCUCUCGAUCUUCUUUUGGCGCCGCGAGGCAGUGAGAGUCCAUGAGAAAUUUCCCGUCGGCGCGGAAUAUGCGCGCCACUUCCGGCCGGGCUCCUAACAACGGGGGAGGCUGGUAACCAGGGAGGGGGGGAUGGCGGAGCGGGCGCCGGAGCCCGAGGCGGAGGCGGAGGCUGAGGCGGGAGCGGGCGGGGAGGUAGCCGCCGAGGAGGGCGCGGCGGGCCGCAAGGCGCGGGGCCGCCCGCGGCUCACGGAGUCGGACCGGGCCCGGCGGCGGCUCGAGUCCCGGAAGAAGUACGACGUGCGGCGCGUGUACCUGGGCGAGGCGCACGGGCCCUGGGUGGACCUGCGGCGCCGCAGCGGCUGGAGCGACGCCAAGCUCGCCGCCUACCUCAUCUCGCUGGAGCGCGGCCAACGUAGCAGCCGCCACGGGAAGCCUUGGGAGCAAGUCCCCAAAAAGCCAAAGCGGAAGAAAAGGCGGCGACGCAACGUGAACUGCCUGAAGAACGUGGUGAUCUGGUACGAGGACCACAAGCACCGCUGCCCCUACGAGCCGCACCUCGCCGAGCUGGACCCCACCUUUGGCCUGUACACCACGGCUGUGUGGCAGUGCGAGGCUGGGCACCGCUACUUCCAAGACCUGCACUCGCCCCUGAAGCCGCUCAGCGACUCAGACCCUGAGAGUGACAAAGUGGGCAAUGGCCUGGUGGCCGGCAGCUCUGACUCGUCCAGUUCCAGCUCCGGCUCCGACUCUGAGGAGCCCCCCGAGGGCCAGCAGGCCAAGGCGACAGUGGCAAUGGCGGCAGUUACCCCCACCAGCCCAGCGGGCAGCAGCGGGCUCAUCACACAGGAGGGCAUGCACAUCCCCUUCGAUGUCCACCACGUGGAGAGCCUGGCUGAGCAGGGCACCCCACUGUGCCCCAACCCGGCCAGCAGCGGGCCCGAAGCCCUGGAGACAGUGGUGUGCGUGCCAGUGCCCGUGCAAGUGGGCCAGGGUCCUAGCACCCUCUUUGAGAACGUGCCCCAGGAGGCACUGGGUGAGGUGGUGGCCAGCUGUCCCAUGCCAGGCAUGGUGCCCGGUUCGCAGGUGAUCAUCAUUGCCGGCCCCGGCUAUGAUGCCCUCACGGCCGAGGGCAUCCACCUCAACGUGGCAGCAGGCAACGGUGCCCCCGGAGGGGGCCUGGGUGACGAGGUGCCCUGCGCCAUGAUGGAGGGUGUGGCCGCCUACACCCAGACAGAGCCAGAGGGCAGCCAGCCCAGCACCAUGGACCCCGCCGCCAUGACAGGCAUUGAGACCAAGAAAGAGAAGGAGGACCUGUACGUGCUCAAGAAGGAGGAGAAGGAGGAACCGGUGGCCCCAGAACUGACAGAGCUGGCUGCGACGGUGCCUGAGAGCGCAGAGCCCGAGGCAGAGGCAGACGGGGAGGAGCUGGACGGCAGCGACAUGUCAGCCAUCAUCUAUGAGAUCCCCAAGGAGCCCGAGAAGAGGCGGCGAAGCAAGCGAUCGCGGGUGAUGGACGCCGAUGGCCUGCUUGAGAUGUUCCACUGCCCUUACGAGGGCUGCAGCCAGGUCUACGUGGCCCUCAGCAGCUUCCAGCCGCCUGAACUCUUCCUGCCUUUGCCCAGGCCGCCCUGUCAGCUCACGAUGCUUCCUCUCCAAGCUCAACUGAGGACGCCCCUCUGCCAGGAAGCCCACCCUAGUCCCCCCAGCCCCGGGUCACUGCACUACCAGGACAUACCUGCCGUUUGCCCGCUGAGGUUUGGACAGGGUGCCCUGAGAGCAGAGACAGGGUCCCGUCACACCCCCACUCCUGGCGCAGGAUGUGGCACCAGAACUUUGAAUUUGUCAAGUCAUGUUUUCAUUAAGCACAUGUUGAGCACCUACCGGGUGCCAGGCCUGGUGCUGGGUGCUGGAGCAGUUGUGCUAGUGAGUUAAAGAAUGAAAGAACAAAAGAAUGAAUGACUUGAGGGCUGCCUGCUCCAGGCGCUAGGGGCAGCUUAGCACUAUGCAAAGUGCCGCUGUGGGGCUGACAGCCCUGGACUCCGGUCCUAGCCCUGCCACUGCCCACCUGUGAGACACGGGCCAAACCACUAAGCCUCCAGAGCCUUAGUUUCCCCAUCCACAAACUGGGCUCAUGGCUGAGCCCCUUCCCAUGGUUCUGACAAGGCUGACUGAUGCCCCAGCCCAGAGCCUGGCUGGAGUAGGUGCUCAGUAAGCUGCUCUUGGAUCCCAGUUGUGCCCCUGACCCCCAGCUCGGAUCUGGGAGUCCCUGCCCAAGGGCAAGGGCACCCCUCUUCCUCUUCCUCUUCCAGGGAGGCCGGCCCUAGCUGGCCCUCAUCUGUCCCCACCCUGGGGAGCUCCAGAGGCGGGCCCAUGGCACCCGCAGCCCCACUCCUGCCCCUCUUGC